CUCACAUGGGCGCAGCCAUCUUACCGGAAGCCGGCGAGUCACUUCCGUUUGGUCGAGGGCCUGAAGACUGCCUUCCCCGAGCCUCGCUGCGGAGCGGGGGGGGGUGUGAGGGGGGGAGAAAUAUCACCUUGACAACCGGGAGCGGGACCAACAAUGCCCUUGAUUUGAACCGCCUGCGCGAGCCAGCGACCGUUACAGUUCUUACUGUGUUUGCUGUAAAUAUGGGAGGACAACAUAACAAGAAUGUCUACAGGAAGCGUCCAGGUGAAAGAAUCGUGAGUGGUGACCGUAAAAGAAAGGCUAUAACACUUGAAGAAAAGCUAGGUGUUAUAAAGCGUUUUGAGCAGAAUGAAAGAACAUGUGAUAUUGCUCGUGCAACAGGAAUAAAGGAGUCUACAUUACGCACCAUUAGAGACAAUGCAGAAAAAAUUAAAGCAAGCUGCAUUGCGGGGACAAGCCUGAGUGCUAGCAAACUGGUGCGAUCACGGCCAAAGGAACUUGAGGAGAUGGAGCGGCUUCUGUGUGUGUGGCUAGAAGAUCAAUUGAAAAAGCAAUCUGGGACCAGCUUUAUCGCAAUAAGACAGAAGGCCUUAUCAAUUUAUGAGGGCCUGAGGAACAAAGCUGAAAAUCCUGCAGAUGUGCCCGCCUUCAGUGCUAGUAGUGGCUGGUUUGCUGGAUUUAAGAACCGCUGUUUUCUAACCAAUAAAUUAUGUGGCGAGGCUGCCAGUACAGAUGAGGAAUGUGCGAUGGUAUUUCCUCACAUGGUGAAAAAAUUUAUUGAGGAAGAAGGCUACACCUUAGAUCAAAUCUUCAAUUUGGAAGAGACAGGUUUAUACUGGAAGCGAAUGCCAUCAAGGACCUAUAUUUCUAAGAAUGAAGCACAGGCUCCAGGCUUUAAGGUGGCAAAGGAUCGUAUGACGGUGCUGCUGGGUGCCAAUGCUAGUGGAGACUUAAAGCUUAAGCCUGUGGUGGUGUACCACUCUGCCAACCCGCGAGCCUUGAAAGGUUACCUUAGGUCCACUCUAGGUGUCUACUUUAGGUCAAGCAAAAGAGGUUCGAUGACAGGGCAAAUCUUUUCUGACCUUAUUGUUGACGUUUUCAAAGAUACUUUUAGAAAUUAUUGCAGAAGAAAAGAUUUGGAUUUCAAGAUUCUCCUCAUUCUGGACAAUGCACCAAGCCAUCCUCCCACUGUUGGUGAGCUUUCUGAAAACAUUAAAGUGCUAUUUCUACCUCCAAACACAACCUCUCUCCUUCAACCCAUGGACCAGGGUGCAAUAGCAGCUUUUAAAGCUUACUAUUUGAGGCGCACAUUCAGGAAGCUGAUUGCAGCUACUGAGGGGGAUAAUAAGGACAGUGUUCUUCAAUUUUGGAAGAGUUUUAACAUCAAGAAUGCUAUUGACAUUAUUGUGGAGGCCUGGGGAGAUGUCAGUAAGGACUGCUUGCGUGCAGUUUGGCAGAAGCUUCUCCCAGAUUUUAUUCAUGAUUUUAAAGGAAUUGAACUAUCAGAGGAGCUCCCAAGAAUUAAAGAACACUGCAUUGCUCUUGCAAAGCAAGUUGGAUUUGAAGAAGUGGAGAGUGAGGAUGUUGAGGAGGUGCUUGAGUCCCAUUGCGUAGACCUAUCUACAGCUGAUCUACAACAACUUGAAGCUGAGGGGAAAAUGGAAGCUGGAGAUGAAGAAGAUGAAGCCCAGGAUGCAGCACCUCGAGAGCUUUCCACUUCUCUCUUGUCUUCUAUCCUGAGGGAAGUUGAGAAGCAGUUGCAGCUCUUAGAAGAUAAUGACUACAAUGCAGAACGCAGCGGGAUAGCAGUUCGUGGCAUAAGGUCUUAUUUGGCACCCUAUGAACAGCUUCUUCAUGAAAGGAGAAAGAUAGCACAGCAGCAAAACCUUUUUAAGCCAGUCCCCAGGAAACAGUCUGAGGACAAUGAACUAAAACCAUUCAUUUCUGGACUAAAUAUUUUUCGGCAUAAUCCUGCAUCCGGAAUUGUACCUAAAAGUGAUGAUGAUGAUGAUGAUGACCCUCAGCCCUUGUCUUAAUACAGUUAACUCAAAAUCCCCAUCAAGUUAUCUUCAAAACUUUCAGGUGUGAAGAUGGAGGCAAAUUUGAACCAUGGCCAGAAUACGAGGAGACUCAACCAUCACAAGGUCAAUGUCAGAGUGAAUAUUAGUUGGGAAGGAAGGGUCUCUUGGACUAUUUCCAAUCAGCUAAUAUUGGAAAGAGAAGUAAAUCUUAAAUAUUUACCUUACAGUUAUGUCUGUAUUUCUUAUAGCGUCAUAUAGCAUGGAAACAGACCCUUCACUCCAACCAUUCCAUACUGACCAUAAUCCCAAACUAGACUAGUCCCACCUGCCUGCUCCUGGCCCAUAUUCCUCCAAACCUUUCAUUUUCAUAUAUCUAUCUAAAUAUCCUUUAAAUGUUGUAAUUGUAUCCACAUCCAUCACUUCCUCAGGAAGUUUAUUCUGCACAUGAAACUGUAUAAAGUUUUGCAUCUUAAGUCUUUUUAAAAUCUCUCUCCGUUUACCAUAAAAAUGUGCCCCCAGUCUUGAAAUUCGCCAACUUAGGGAAAAGACAACUACCAUCCACUUUAUCUAUACCUGUCAUUAUUUUAUAGACUUUUAUCAGGUCUACCUUCUCUUAGGAAAUAGGGCAGGAGAAGUGAAGGAGGUGACAGUGGGGGAACACUUUGGGACCAGUGACCAUAGUUCUAUUAAUGUUAAAAUAGUUAUGGAGAGGGACAAAACUGGUCAGUAGGUUCAAGUUCUAAAUUGGGGCAAGGCAAAUUUUGAUGGAAUUAGACAGGAGCUUGCAGGGGUUGAUUGGAGUAGUUUGGUUGCAGGCAAAGGGAUCUCUGGCAAGUGGGAGGCUGUUAAAAAUGAGAUAGCUAGAUUUCAAGGUCUAUAUGUUCCUGGGAGGAAGGGCAAGGUUGGCCAGAAUGGACAACACUGGAUGACUAGAGAUAUUGAGGCUUUCACUAGAAAAAAGGAGGAGGUGUGGCUCAGGUAGAGGUAGCUGGGAUCAAGCGAACCCCUGGAGGUAUAUAGAGAACACAGGCAUUUAUUGAAGAAGGAAGUCAGGUUGGCGAAAAGAGGACACGAGAUAAUCUUGGCUGAGAAGAUUAGGGUGAAUCCAAAGAGGUAUUUUAAGUGUAUUGAAGGGAAAAGAAUAACUAGGCAGAGAAUAGGGUCUGUCAAGGACCAAAGUGGUCAUGUAUGUGCAGAAGCACAGGAAAUGGGUGGGGUUGUCAAUGAAUAUUUCUCCUCUGUGUUUACCAUGGAGAAAGACAUGAAGCCUUAGGAACGUAGGGAAGUUAGUGAUGAUGUUUUGGGGACAGUCCAUUCACAGUUGAAGCAGUGUUGGAUACAUUAGAUUGUAUGAAGGUGGAUAAAUCUUCUGGUUCUGACUGUAAAAGUCUAGAGAAGAAACUGUGGGGGCUUUGGCUGAAAUUUUUGCAACAUUGUUAGCCACGGAUGAAGUCCUGGUAGACUGGAGACUAACGAAUGUUGUGCCAUUAUUCAAGAAUGGCUGCAAGAAAAAACCUGGGAACUAAAGACUAGUAAGCUUAACAUCUGUAGUGGGUAAAUAACUUGAGAGAAUUCUGACAGAUAAGGUAUACAUGAAUAUUGUUAUGACACGGAGUAAACCCCUCUGCUAAUUUAAACCUGAUACACAGAGAAACUUACUUCGUGCCGAAAUCUGUUAAAUUCCAAGAGGCAAAGAACUAUCCCAGAUCUCACUAUUUAAAAUUAAAAUUAACAAUUUUAUUCUUUAGAUCCAAAAGAGAUAAUUAAAACAACAACUAUUUACAACUCAUUUCCCUUAAACCUAUCUUUUACCUCCCACUCUACAUUACUAGUCUGAUUUUUUAAAAAUCCGAUUAAGAUUUACAAAAAAAAAAAUCACAUUUCAAAACCAGCCAACUGUCUAUUCUCCUCUGGAGAUUUUCCUCGGUCUUUUCUUCGGCCUUCUGCUGCACAACUUUUCUUGUGGACAGGUACCUUUCAGAGAGCUAUAAGGCUAGCAAUCUGCACUUGUUGAUACUCUUUGCAGUUCUCCUCCAACUGUUCAAAAUGUCCGAUUUUAUACCCCAAAACAUAGAUCAUUUCAUUGAUUUGAUGUCAUCCCAAAUAGUAAAAUUCAAAUUUGAUUGGAUUUUGAUAUCUGGGACAUAAUUUAAACUGAUUGGCUGAAUUUAAAUUUAUCUUUGUUCCAUGGCAACUCAACUCCAGCUAUUGUUUCAACCAAAUGUUAUGUUGAACAUUCAACCCAAUCUGUGCUUUCAGUCAAUCCUUGCUAGCUUCCUCUCUUUCUUAAAGGUACAGUACACACCUCCACCUUCAUAAGACCUCACCCCUUAAGAAAAAAAAGUGAACCAGCAUAAUCAAAAGAUGGCUUAAUUUUUUUUCUCUAUUCCUUAACCACAUUAUCAUGACGUACACAUGACUUUAAUCUAAGUUCAUAUUAACUUCUUCCCACAUGUAUAAAACAUUGAAUAAAUACUGAUCUCAUCAGUUAAAUCAGUGAUAAUGCAUUUGUGAUUACAUUCUUAUGAUCUGCAACAUGUACGAUUUGUAAAUUAAAAGUUUGUAACAAGACUCCAACAAAA